AACACUGCAUCCCACAGCACCAACAUGUCUAUAAAGCUCUGUUGCUCCCGCGCCCUUGCUCGCCGACUCGCGGACCUCAGUAAUUCAACCAAACACUUCUCACCAGAUCGUUUCGCACAUCUUUCCUGCACUCAGCCACUUCCUUGACGCGCAUCUCCAACCCUUGCAUACAUCAUGGCCAGCGAGAUCACCCUCGACGGGGAUAUCAUUGCUCCAUUGAACAUCACACACCCGGCCCCUGCCCUCGAUCUCGCCGGAUUCCAAUGGUGCCCAGUCGGCGGCGGGCCCAAGAAGGCCCCAACAUCCAAGCUUUCCAGGCGCUUGUCUCGCGAUGGCGAGGAGGUACCCUUGACGGAAGACCAGCCGCCGGCAUCGGAUGAAGCUCAGAAGAACGAACAGCUCCAUGUCCCAGGCGGACCGGGGUCGGAGCCUGAGAAGAUUCUCCCUUUCCCGCUUGAGCAGUUCAAGGGUUCCUACGCCGGCAAUGGGUUCAACUUGAUUUGGGUACCGAGCACCUUCCAGACACUCGGCAACUCUUGUGGAGACGGACCCAACGACAAUAGGCUGCUCCUCAGUCUCACCACCGAGCAACUGACCUUUGGCCCGACCCUUGGCAAGAUCCCGAACCGUGGGUUCCGUAACCAGGAUGACAUCUUCCUCGGCGGGCUUGCCUAUCUCCAAACCGUCCAGGAUACGACCAAUGUGGAGACUGGAAAGGGCGAUAAGCCAAGGUCCAGCAAGGGUUCCGGCAUUCACUUCGAGCCCGGCAUAUGGCUUCACGUUCCGGCGGCCGACUUCCAGGGGGGCCGCGACACCAUUUGCCGCAUGGCCUCCAUUCCUCACGGUACGACAAUCAACGCGCAAGGAUUCGUUCCCGAGAGGAACACCUCCACCGUGAUCGGUGGAGAGCCCAAAUUUCCCCAGUUCGACAAGCUUGACACCACGCCAUUCAUUAUCGGGAGGCCUGAGGACAAACAAAAGUUCUUUAAAGUGGAGAUGAACGCCGAGAGAGAGAACCUUACGCGACGGGUUCCGGCGAACCUCGAGAAGUUCAACGCCCAAGGCACUGGCAGAGUCACCACGGAGAUCAUCCAGAACCCCAAUCUCGUUCUCCAAAAUGCCAUCGACACCAGCAACCUCGACAUCAAGGAAACAAUCACCUUCAAGGUCACCACAGGCAACUCAAACUCUGAACUCAACGCCGGCGGGACUGCCAACAUCGCCUUCCUCGCCGGCCCGCAAACUCCGUUCGUACAACCCCCGGUCAUAUCCGCAAACACUACGCGCCAAGUCAAGGGUGUCAUGAUCCCUUCGCCCGGCGAGGGUGACGACCCGAACGCUCACACCGAGUUCAUGACCUCCACGUUCUACAUCGAGCGGAUCGAGUAUGACGUCGUUGUCAACAAGAUGGAAGAAGGUGAGACGCAGGUCCUGUUGGCGUCGUUUCCUCCCGGAGCGAGGGCGCCUACGCCGAAGUUUGCGAUCACGGCGCCACCGGGUGGUGUCACGGAGAGGAAGACAAUCAAGGUGCCCGGCAUCCAGAUCCAGUAUUCGCAGACCGUGAAUCUGAAUUUUGGGCCGGGCGCAAUAUUGACGUGGCCGCAUGUUAGCGUGGCGACGCUGGUGCCGACGGACCCGCAGCCGUUUAAGAUAACUGAGUGAAGUUCAAGCCUUCAAAGGUGGCAAAGACAUUAAGUGGAACAGAUUCAAGUCGGUAUUUCCCAUGUCAUUUCAACAGUCUGCAGUGCAGCACUCUAGCUAGGUUCUAUCUCAAGUGUAAGCCAAAUGUCAGCCUGUUCAUUCAACACCAUAGCUCAACUCCCCACCGCCUAAGCCUCCUCCCCAACAUUCAA